ACAAGCAAAACAAUAAAAAAAAAUUAAAUUGUAUUUUUUGAAAUUUAUAUCAAACACAAAAACAAAACUGGAGUUGCCCUAUCGAUAAUGUAAAGUGGUAGCCGCAGCAAUAGCAGCUAACAAUCGGAAAUGGUGCAUAUCGAUAACUGAACCUUAGCAACUCUACAUAGCGACCAUGCAGCUGUUUAACGGAACGUUACGUUGUCUGCUUCAAGCGGCACAUCGUCCUGGAAAAUAUGCGGCUCACCUUUCUGCAGCAGCAACAGCAACGCGUGCUCCACAACAACAACAAUGGCAACGACACUAUUCCCUCUCUGCCGACCCCGCACCCAUUGCCAUGGCCUACGAAAUGUUUGAAACGCCCAAUACGGAUACGAAUAAACCGCCGCUCAUGAUAAUGCAUGGACUCUUUGGCUCCAAGCAGAAUUGGCGCAGUGUCGGUCGUGCCAUUGCCAGCAAAACCAAUCGACGCGUCUUUACGGUCGAUUUACGCAAUCAUGGCGACAGCCCGCAUGCGGACACUCACAAUUCAGCGGGAAUGACGGCGGAUAUCAAAACGUUCCUGGCCGCAAAUGGCAUCAGCAAGGUCAGCCUGUUGGGUCACAGCAUGGGCGGUCGAGCCUCCAUGCAUUUCAGCUUAUAUAACACGCAACUGGUGGAACGUCUGAUUGUGGUGGACAUAUCGCCAGUGUCCAUGCCCCGUACGCUAGAUGAAAUGAAUUCCAUUAUGCUGGGCAUGCAGGAGAUUGUGCUACCCUCGAAUAUCCCGCUGUCCGAGGCACGUCAACGGGCCAAACAACAUCUGCUCAAAACUGUGGCCGCCGACUCCGUGGACUUUAUAAUGCUGAAUCUCCGCAAGCGGCCGGAUACGGGCGAAUUCCACUGGGCUUGCAAUGUGGACGUGCUGCGCAGCAGUCUAAACGGCUUUCUCAACUAUGGACGCAACAUACACAACAAGGGACCGUUCCUGGGUCCCGCCACCUUCAUCUGUGGCAGCCACUCUCCCUACAUGAAUCCCGACGAUUGGCCUGAGGUGCUGCAUUUCUUUCCCAAUGCGAAUUUACACUGGCUGGAGACUGGACACUUGGUGCAUCUGGAGAAGCCGCAUGAUUUCAUCAAACUAACCACGGAUUUUCUAAAUAGUUAAAAAGUCCAAAAGCGACCAAUUUACAAACUUUUUGUUAAUACGGCCUUCGUUUAAAGCGAAAGAGCCAAUAAAUUUAAAUACUACUAGAA